AUGUGGGCGCUGCUGGCCGCCGGCGUAGCGCUGGUCGUGGUCACCGGGGCGCAGGACAACCCGGUGCCCGGCAGCCGCUUCCACCAGCUCCAUACCAACGUGUCUACCGCCGGCCUGCCCAGCGACGUGCGCGAGGUGCUCCAGCGGCGGCUGGGGGAGCUGGAGCGCCAGCUGCUCCGCAAGGUGGCCGAGCUGGAGGACGAGAAGUCGCUGCUGCACAACGAGACAUCUGCUCACCGGCAGAGAACAGAGAGCACGCUGAACGCGCUUCUGCACCGAGUGAGCGAGCUGGAGCGAGGCAACAGUGCAUUCAAGUCUCCGGACGCCUUCAAGGUGUCCCUCCCUCUCCGCACCAACUACCUGUACGGGAAGAUCAAGAAGACGCUGCCCGAGCUGUACGCCUUCACCAUCUGCCUGUGGCUGCGGUCCAGCGCCUCGCCGGGCAUCGGCACCCCGUUCUCCUAUGCCGUGCCCGGGCAGGCCAAUGAGAUCGUGCUGAUUGAGUGGGGUAACAACCCCAUCGAGCUGCUCAUUAACGACAAGGUCGCACAGCUGCCCCUGUUUGUCAGUGACGGCAAGUGGCACCACAUCUGCGUGACCUGGACGACAAGGGACGGCCUGUGGGAAGCCUUCCAGGAUGGAGAGAAGCUGGGCACUGGGGAGAACCUGGCACCCUGGCACCCCAUCAAGCCCGGGGGCGUGCUCAUCCUCGGGCAGGAGCAGGACACCGUGGGGGGCAGGUUCGAUGCCACACAAGCAUUUGUGGGGGAGCUCAGCCAGUUCAACAUCUGGGACCGAGUCCUGCGUGCCCAAGAAAUCAUCAACAUUGCCAACUGCUCCACCAACAUGCCAGGCAACGUCAUCCCCUGGGUGGACAACAAUGUCCAUGUGUUUGGGGGGGCUUCCAAGUGGCCCGUGGAGACAUGUGAGGAGCGUCUCCUGGACUUGUAGCCACCCCAAGGUCCCCGAAGGCCAGGCUCAGUCAGUCCUGGUGGGGGUGGAGUUGUUCCAGGCCACCCCCUCUCUUGUUAAAAACUGUGAAACCUCUCACCCCAGAGUGGGACCCCAAAGUUCAUUGUGGGAACUUAACACUGAGGCUGGGUGAUAGCCUUGGCCACCGGCUCAAUCUUUCCUUCCCACCAUUUUGGGUUUUGUUGGGGGCGGGGUUGUCAGUGCCACCUUCCUUUGGGAAGAAGCCCCCAGACUCAAGUGGGUCAGCAGCUGGCUUCCUGCCGGGAGUGGAUUGAAGCCAGUGAGCUUCUCUCCCCACAACCCCCUGUAAAUGCUCAUGAAGCCCAGCCCUGCCCUUGCUGUCUUGAUCUUUGGUGUCCCGUGUAUGCCUUCUGUCUGUCCCCUUUCGUGACUGUGUGCCUGGCAGUGUCCUGUACGUGCACAGCAUCCCUGCUGCCCAUCAUGCACGUGCUGUGCAGGGAACAUGGUCUGCAGAAGGACCCCUGCCCUUCCCACCCUGUAUCCUGUAACCUUUAUGUCUUGAGCAUGUGCCAGUGGGGGGGGGAAGCAGCUGGCCCUAUGUAGAGGACCCAGGAGUACAGAGGGGCAGUGACAGCUGCCAUCCUUCCUGUCUGCCCCCCUCUCCUCCAGACCAAACACACACUUUGAUGGACUUGUCACUAGGUUGGUUCAAGUCCACUCUUCUCAUCUGGUGCCAAAAGUUCAUUUGUAGCCUUUCUGUCCACUUAGUGUGUUUGAGGGGAUUCCUGUCCUGCCCACCAUAAGGCUCCCGUUCCUCAAUGUUCCUCCCAUUUCUGAUCCAUGUUGAUUCCUGUGAGCAUCCUAUAGUCCCCCCUGACUCUGUCCCCCAGAACUCCUGAGGACAUUGGAUGUCAUUUGGCCAAUGUUGGCCUAGUGGCUCCAGGCUGCACCACAGGUUGUAAUUUAUUUUACAGAGAAAGUAAGUGAUGUGGUGGGAAGGGGGGGAAUUUAUAAAGCUGAAUAUUAUAUAUUUUAUUUUUUCAUACCCAUUGGAAGCACAAAGUCCACGGACGUGCCCAUCCUGACAUUGUGCCACAGAGCGCGCCUGUGAUGAUGGAUGCUAAUUAAAGUGCAUUGAAGAUG